ACCCCCUCGUCGAUUUAGUGUUGUUGACGUGCUGUAUUGUCCAUUUCAUUUGCUGACAUUUACCGAUCAGAUUGGAAAAAUGGUUUUCACGGGUUUCAUCUAGUCGCAAACAACAUUAUUCACUCGCAGCCAAUGCGAAACUCAACAAAUUAAUAAUUAAAUUUAGGCCGUACGAUGUCCCACAAGGUCUUCAUAGUCUUUGGCAUUGUUCUCUCAUGGAUUGGUACGUCGCAGCAGUUCUAUGUGCCGGGGAUGGCACCGGUUGAAUUCAAAAAAGGCCAGUCCAUUGAUGUGAAAGCUGUGAAGAUGACCAGUAUUCACACCCAGUUACCCUAUGAGUACUACAGUCUACCAUUCUGUGUGCCUAAGAAUGGCAGUGCUGGUAUUCACUACAAGUCUGAGAACUUGGGUGAAGUGCUGAGAGGUGAUAGGAUUGUGAACACACCUUAUGAAGUAAGAAUGGCAGACAACAUUCCUUGUACACUGCUGUGCAAUACACCAGAGACACCCAUUAAUUGGGAUAGCUACCAGUCACAGACUGUUAUUGACAGGAUUCAGCAUGAAUAUUUUGUACAUUUAUUGGUGGAUAAUUUACCAGCUGCUUCACCAGUCAACCGUCCAGAUUCUAAUGAUAUUCAGUAUGAGCAUGGAUACAGAUUAGGAAAUGUGAUUGGAGACAAGAGCUACAUCAAUAAUCAUUUAAAAUUGACGCUUUUGUAUCACAUGCCAGAACCAAAUAUCUAUCGUAUAGUGGGUUUCCGUGUAGAAGCACAAUCAAUCCAUCACGAUGAUUUGAAAUUUCAUGGCAAGACAUGCUCAUUCACAAAUUCUCCAAAACGACAAUUAGUCGAUAAAAGCGGCACCAAACUUUAUUUUACAUACGAGGUCGAAUGGGCGCCUUCUAAAAUUAGCUGGGCAUCAAGAUGGGACACAUAUUUGGCGAUGAGCGAUGUGCAAAUCCAUUGGUUCUCUAUUAUCAACUCAUUGGUUGUUAUUUUCUUCUUGUCGGGGAUUUUAACAAUGAUUUUGAUCAGGACCCUACGAAAGGACAUUGCACGUUAUAAUGCUGAUGAAAUUAUGGAUGAAACUAUUGAAGAGACUGGUUGGAAACUAGUUCACGGCGAUGUUUUUAGACCGCCGCGAAACUCACGAUUGUUCGCAGCCGUUAUCGGUUCUGGAAUUCAGAUCUUUUUGAUGUCAUUAAUCACGAUAUUCUUUGCCAUGUUGGGAAUGUUAUCCCCAGCAUCCAGAGGUGCACUUAUGACAGCUGCUAUUUUCCUGUAUGUUUCCAUGGGUUUAAUUGCUGGAUACUUUUCGGCACGGCUUUACAAAACAAUGAAGGGCCGCGAAUGGAAACGUGCGGCGUUCUUGACAGCCACGUUGUAUCCGGGUAUCGUUGCGUCCACCGGAUUCUUUUUGAAUUUUUUCAUCUGGGGCAAAGCGAGCAGUGGUGCAGUACCCUUCUCAUGGAUGAUGUAUCUACUGACGAUGUGGUUCUGCAUAUCCUUACCACUAGUGUAUCUGGGGUAUUACUUUGGGUACAGAAAGCAACCAUACCAACAUCCCGUGCGGACCAAUCAGAUUCCACGACAAGUGCCCGAACAACAUUGGUAUAUGAAUCCCAUGUUAUGUACAUUAAUGGCAGGUAUUCUACCAUUUGGGGCAGUCUUUAUUGAGUUGUUCUUCAUAUUCACAGCGAUAUGGGAAAAUCAAUUCUACUAUCUCUUUGGUUUUUUGUUCUUGGUGUUCAUUAUUUUAGUCAUCUCUUGCUCGCAAAUAUCCAUCGUAAUGGUAUAUUUUCAGCUAUGUGGAGAGGAUUACCACUGGUGGUGGAGAAGUUUCCUCGUGUCCGGAGGUUCGGCAGUAUACAUCCUGCUGUACUCCUUGUUUUAUUUCCUAACAAAGUUGGAGAUUACUGAAUUCAUCCCAAUUCUACUUUACAUCGGCUACACUGGUCUCAUGGUAAUGACUUUCUGGCUGCUCACAGGCACUAUCGGCUUCUUCGCUGCUUAUGCGUUCAUUCGCAAAAUUUAUGGGGCUGUUAAAAUCGACUAAGCUUACACUAAUCUUCAAACAUUGAUUACUUGAAGAAAUCAUGCUCAACAUUUGAACUUCCUCUCACCUCAUUUAUCAUCAUCACGGUCAGCACGUUUAACAACCAAAAAUUCAUUGGGAGGACCUUUUUCACUAGUGGGUUUAUAAUUUUAGUGAUAAUUUUCAUGAUAAUAUGAAGAUAAUAUGUAAAUGUUAUGGAAAGUCAUUAUUUAUUGAUAAAAAUGAACUUGAUUGAUAUAAUUGUACAUUUUUGUGAAGACCUGUGAACCCCACACAUUCUUUUUUAUGUAAAAAAACAUAUUGAUUUCGAAUCUUAAUUACUUUAUUCUAUCAUGGGGGAAAUCAGUAAAGGAUUAUAAAGUUGAUCAUUUUUGAUAAGGAUGUAAAUUCCAAAAGUGUAGACUUGACUUGAAAAUGUGAACAUGAAAUGGGAAAUUCUAGUGUAAUGACAUUUAGUAUUUACAAUCGUUUUUGCGUAUUUAAUUUAUAUAUAAAAUAUUAAAAAUCACUUUUAAUGUA